AGUAUGGCCCUGGUGGGCCCCUAUGGACUCGCUCCUGCAGCACCUGGAGCGUUUCUCUGAGGUUCUGGCGGUCUCCCGCACGACCCACGUCAGCACCUGGGACGCCGCGACCGUGCGCAGGGCCUUACAGUGGGCUCGCUAUCUACGCCACGUCCACAGGCGCUUUGGCCGCCAUGCCCGCAUUCGCAAGGCUCUGGAGCGACGACUGCAAAACCAGUGGAAGCAGGAGGGAGGCUCUGGGCCCGCUCCGGCCCUAGGGUUGACGAACUUCCAGGCCUUGGGGCACUGCGAUCUCCUGCUGUCUCUGCGCCUGCUGGCGAACCGGGCCCUCGGGGAUGCUGCCUUUCACUACCUGCUGCAGGAGCUCUUUCCCGGCCCUGGCGUCCCGGGCGCCGAAGAGGGGAUGCUCCAGGACAGCCUGGCCCUCCUCGCCCGCCGCCGGGCUGCUGUCCACAUGCUGCGCUCCGGCGCCUAUAGAGAGAACCCGGUCCUUCAGGAGGACUCACUGAUGAAGACCCAGGCGGAGCUGCUGCUGGAGCGUCUGCAGGAGGUGGGGGAGGCCCACGCGGAGGGCCCUGGCAGGUUUCUCAGCCGCCUGUGGGAGCACUUGCCCCACAACAACUUCCUGAAGGUGACAGCGGCUGCGCUCUUGCUGCCGCCUUCGUCUCCCCGGCACCAAGAAGAGGAAUCGGAACUCGGCAGCCCCAGAAGAGCGGGAGAGCAGGGCCGAGAGCUGCUUCAUUGGCUUCUGGGGAAAUCGGAGGUCAUAGCUGCCUUUUGCCGCAACCUCCCAGCCGGGCUUUUAACUUCGGUGGCAGGGCGCCAUCCAGAGGUCUCCCGGGUCUACCUGGGUCUGCUAACAGACUGGGGUCGACAUCUGCACUACGACCUUCAGAAAGGCAUUUGGAUUGGAACUGAGUCCUACGAUGUGCCCUGGGAGGAGUUGUACGGCAGAUUUCAAAGCCUCUGUCAGGCCCCUCCACCUCUGAAAGAUGAAGUUCUAACUACUCUGAAGUCCUGUAAGGCUCAAGAUGGAGAUUUCGAAGUACCUGGCCUUAGCAUCUGGACUGACCUGUUGUUAGCUCUUGAGAGUGGUGCAUGAUACUGCAUUUGGGAAGAGACAAGUUUUAGGUCUCAGCCCAAACCCCAGUUCUCAGUGGGCAACGCUCCAUUAUUGAUUACUUGAAUAUAUGGCUUACAAAAUUAAAAUACCAGUAUUCUCACCAA